GUGAAUCUUAAGGUGGACAUUGCUGAACUAUAAAUUCAGAACUCCUGCACAUCAUCAGCUGAUGUCCAAGGCUUUCAUGCGUUGAGCGGAUUGCAGACACACCUGUAAAGACACGAUAACGACGACCUUGUUCAAGCAGUAAUCCAUCAAGAUCUAAUUUCUAUAGCAAUCUAAUUUUGUCCACUCCUCCAGACGUCUUGGUGCUCACGGAGCGCCUCAAGCUAGAAGAUAAGAUGAACGGGGCAGACAGGUGGACGGAUCUCAGGAAGCUGCUCACCCGCCCUGGGAAGAUCACAGGACCUGGCUUUGAGCCAGAUCCAGCGCUGCUGGAGUUCCUGCAGGAGGAUGCACGGGUGCUGUGCGUGGGUGCUGGGGGCCUGGGUUGCGAGCUGCUGAAGGACCUGGCAUUGCAGGGCUUUGGCAACAUAGAUGUCAUUGACAUGGACACCAUCGACGUGUCCAACCUCAACCGCCAGUUCUUGUUCAGGAUGAAGGAUGUUGGAAAGUCCAAGGCUGAGGUGGCGGCGGAGCGCAUCAUGCAGCGGGUGCAGGGCGUGACAGUGACGCCGCACCACUGCCGCAUUGAGGAGAAGCCGAUGGAGUUCUAUGAGCAGUUCCACAUCCUGGUGCUGGGCCUGGACUCUCUGGAGGCCCGCCGCUUCAUGAACCAGGUUGCCUGCAGCUUCCUAGAGUACGAUGAUGACGGGAACCCGGACAUGUCGACCAUCAAGCCCAUGGUGGAUGGGGGGACCGAGGGCCUCAAGGGGCACGCGCGAGUCAUCCUGCCAGGCGUCACCCCCUGCUUCGAGUGCACGCUGUGGCUGUUCCCUCCCCAGACCAAAUUCCCUCUCUGCACCCUGGCCGAGACUCCCAGAUCACCGGCGCACUGCAUAGAGUAUGCGCACUUGAUACAGUGGCAGCAGGAGCGCAGCGGCGACGAGUUUGACACAGACAACGAGGAGCACAUGCGCUGGGUUUACGACAAGGCCCUCCAGCGAGCCGAGCACUUUGGCAUACAGGGGGUGACGUGGCAGCUGACUGGAGGUGUCGUCAAGAACAUCAUCCCGGCCAUUGCAUCGACCAACGCCAUCAUUGCGGCGGCCUGCGCACUUGAGACCCUCAAGCUCAUCACCAUGUGCAGCACCGGCAUCAACAACUACAUGAUGUACGUGGGGGCGGAUGGGGUGUACACCCACACGGUGUCCUACGAGCGCGACCCUGCAUGCACCGUCUGCAGCUCCUCUGUGCCCUUUGAGGUUACAUCCACAAACACACUGCAGCAGGUGAUUGAUGCGCUGGUGGCGGACAAGGCGCUAGGAACAAAUCUAAGCGCCCCCUCCAUCAGCCACGGCUCUGAGAACCUGUACAUGCGCGGAGUGCUGGAGGAAGCCACACAUGACAAUUUAGAAAAGCCCAUUGGGGAGCUGGUAGAGGACGGGGGAAUUAUCCAGGUCAAUGACAAGAAGCUGGUGUCCACCAUGCGCAUCAAGCUGAAGUACUCGGACCUGAUUAGCAUGCAGCAAUGAAGCAAACUGCUGAUUUUCAACCAUGUGCCAAUGUACCAUUUUGCAAAUGUGACAUGAACCAAAACCGAAUGAACACAAAUGGAAUUUGGUAAUGUACAUGGACCACUGAAAUUUUCCCGACUGCUAGGGAGACGCAAUGUUUUGUCGGUGUCUUAAAUUGCAUUAGCCAUGCAGCAUUAGGAGCAGAAGUGAUCAUGAUCAGUGCACUAUUCGAAUCUACUAUAUUAC